AUGAACAACUCCUGCUGUGGCUCUGUCUGCUCUGACCAGAGCUGUGGUCAAGAUCUCUGCCAGGAGAGCUGCUGCUGCCCCAGCUGCUGCCAGACCACCUGCUGCAGGACCACCUGCUGCCGCCCCAGCUGCUGUGUGUCCAGCUGCUGCAGGCCCCAGUGCUGCCAGUCUGUGUGCUGCCAGCCGAACUGCUGCCGCCCCAGCUGUUGUGUGUCCAGCUGCUGCAGGCCCCAGUGCUGCCGCCCCAGCUGCUGUGUGUCCAGCUGCUGCAGGCCCCAGUGCUGCCAGUCUGUGUGCUGCCAGCCCACCUGCUGCCGCCCCAGCUGCUGCCAGACUUCCUGCUGCAGGACCACCUGCUGCCGCCCCAGCUGCUGCAUUUCCAGUUGCUGCAGGCCUUCCUGCUGUAUCUCCAGCUGCUGCAGACCCAGCUGCUGCCAGACCACCUGCUGCAGGACCACCUGCUGCCGCCCCAGCUGCUGUAUCUCCAGCUGCUGCCAGCCCACCUGCUGCCGCCCCAGCUGCUGCAUUUCCAGUUGUUGCAGGCCUUCCUGCUGUAUCUCCAGCUGCUGCAGACCCAGUUGCUGCCAGACUUCCUGCUGCAGGACCACCUGCUGCCGCCCCAGCUGCUGUAUCUCCAACUGCUAUAGGCCCCAGUGCUGUCAGUCUGUGUGCUGCCUGCCCACCUGCUGCCGGCCCUCCUGCUGUAUUUCCAGCUGCUGUAGACCCAACUGCUAUGCGUCCGGCUGCUGCCGCCCUUCCUGCUGCCAGACCACCUGCUGUAGAACAACCUGCUUCCGCCCCAUCUGCUGUGGCAGUUCUUGCUGCUGAGUGACCUGCUCUGGAUUUGUGCACCUUCUUUCCCCCAUCCUUCAGUUCAGGCAGAAAGCGUCUAUUCAGAGAACUUGGGGACUUCCUGGUGUCAUGAAAACAGAGGCAUGGACUGAUUUGAAAAAGCCCAGUCUCUUUAUUAGUAUUUAUUCUCUUUUAUAGAAGCUUUUUAUUACUAUUGAAUCUGAAUUUACAGGCAAAUUCCACAUCACAUGUUUUAGAAUUCUUUAUUCUAAUUCAAUAUACAUAAAACUUGAAAUGUUACCCUUCUAGAUGUUUCUUUCUAAUGUUAUUCUGUCGAAUCAAUUUUUAUGUGGAAUUGUUUGAUGUUCCUCAAUAAAACUUCACAGUGUUCAAAAGCA